AGGCUUUGAUAUGGACUUAAGUAGUAGCUCCCCGUUUAGAAACAACAUGCAUCGAUAAUCUCUGAAGCCACUAAUGUAUGUAUCACUUUAGAUUCAUUGAUUAAAAGAUAACGUAAAUUAGCAACUGUUAUGGCUAAACUACUAUAGUCGUUUGCCGUUGGACACUAAGCGAAGAACAGUUUACAUUUAGUUUGCCUGGAAAUUAUAAAGAGGAUGCGUUUCAAGGCAAAGCGUUGUGGAGUGCUAUUCUCUCCUCCUUCCAUUGUUUUAAUUUAUCAACACACGGAAACCAAGAAAGUACGAAAGAGAAUAAUACCUGUGCGAAAUUUCUCAAAGUACUCAGACUAUAGCAUGGCAGCUGAAAGACUAAAGAACCACCCCCGGCACAGGGACUACCUGGAGUGUGUGUCUCAGAGCCAGCUGGAGAAGCUUCAUAUCAUCCUGCGAGAUCACAUGCAGGGCUUCAGCCUGGAGCAUAGCCUUGCCUCAUUCCACUUGGACCCAGAUGAAGACCUAAACAAACUGGAUGAUGAAGAGCUGACUCGCAAGAAAGGCCAGAUGGAUGAACUCUUUGAAAAGAACCGCAAGCGCAAAGAUGAUCCUGAAUUUGUUUAUGACAUAGAAGUGAACUUUAGCAAGCCCGUUUUAGAAAAGUGCAGCUGGGAUGAGGAGUCGGAUGAUGAAUUUUAGGGUUGUCAGAUGAAAAGAAAUAAGUCUUCAUUAUAUAAAAAUUAAAUGUCAUAUUGGUCUUGAAAGAGCACUGAAAAGUGUAAUGUGUUACUGUUUUUCAGUGCCACAGAUAAAAUAUAUCUUAAUUGUU